AUAUCAUGACAAAGAAAAACAAGUAGAGCAACGCUGCUACACGAAAACCUUCAUCUAAAAUAAAUUCCUGUAAAGAAAAGAAAAGGAAAAAUUUUUGUUAAUCUAUUAUCUUCUAAGAUUGUCGUGAUUAUUUUGAGCUUGAUCCAUCUAUAAUUUGAGACCAUGCCGAAGAACAAGGGAAAGGGAGGAAAGAACAGGAAGAGAGGAAAGAAUGAAGCUGAUGAUGAGAAGCGUGAGCUUAUCUUUAAGGAAGAUGGGCAAGAGUAUGCGCAAGUUCUUCGUAUGCUUGGCAAUGGCCGAUGUGAAGCCAUGUGCAUCGACGGGGUUAAACGUCUCUGCCAUAUCCGUGGUAAGAUGCACAAGAAGGUUUGGAUCGCAGCCGGUGACAUUGUUCUUGUUGGGCUAAGGGACUACCAAGAUGACAAAGCUGAUGUCAUCCUUAAGUACAUGUCCGAUGAGGCGAGGCUACUCAAGGCAUAUGGUGAGCUUCCUGAGAAUACUCGUCUUAAUGAAGGAAUUGUUGGUGAUCUUGAUGAAGAUGACGAUAAUGCGGGCGAUGAUUACAUCGAGUUUGAGGACGAGGAUAUUGAUAGGAUCUAAGUUUGUUAUGGUUGGCCUAGUUCCAGCUUGUAAUAUCAAAAUUUGAGACACGCAUCUUCUUGAGAAACCGAAGAUUUGGUGAAAUCAUUAUUAAUGUUAAAAAUAAAGAAACUAUUGUGUGUUUCUGGUGUUC